AUGUUUUUGAAUGGAUACCAGUUCUACCGUUUGGCUAACAAUGCAUUCAAUAUUGACUAUAAUAAACCAUUAUACCUCAAACUGGGUUACGGACUACCGGUGCUUAUUAUUGCGAUAUUCUUUCUACACAUUAUGCUUCAAGACAAUGUUCCACUACUUCUGGGUCCGACACCUACCGGUGCCUCAAUCCAUAUUAGACCGCUUCCUAUCGUUGGCCACACAGCUAGAGGACGGCCUACGAGAGUACGUCUCCAACAAAGCCACGCAUUUCCAGACAUUGAACUCAAGACUGGUUAUAUCGUAUCUACCGGUGCUGUCAUUGAUAAGCUUUCAGUGGACAGUCUGUUGGACACGACAGAGGACAUACACCACGUGGUGGCCACGGCUUUGAACGCAAGUCUGGCUGAAAAUAUUGUGUCGUUUAGGCGACAGGUCGUGGAUUUGGCGGUCAAUGGGACGCAGCCUAUCACUCAAUUGGUGUCGGCUUUGAAGGCUGUGUUCGGAGGGACUGUCGAUAGUAUACUGACUGAUGUGAAGGCUGUCCGACAGGGACUGGUAGCUACUGAACAGACUGUCCGCAAACAACUUAAUACUACUACAGGUGCCGACCGUAGAGAUGAGUUGCAAACUAUUGACAACCGUUUGGUCCGAGAGGUUGGCGUUUAUGACGAACUGGUGGAUCAGGUGUCAGGUAUUGUGGCCAGAGUUGGGCAGCUCCGGGAUGUUAAUCACAAUUCACUGGUAGCUAAACGAGCGAUAGAUGCCGGAAAGGUUGUGGACAAUUUGAUCACCCUGCCCUAUUUGCUAAUAAUUGCCGCUUUUAACUAUGCUCUUGUUGAUGAAUUUUAUGCCUACGGAGUUGAGCAUGGUGACAUUCGACUGAAUCCACGAAACAAAGAUGAUGGCAGUUCAGACGAGAUCCAACUGACCGCGGGAUUCCGCUAUUUUGACACCACCCACCAUUCAUUGUGGGUCAAUGUGAACGGGGCCAUUUCGUUUCGGCAGGCCAUCGCCACGUACACACCCGUUUGCGUGCCCGUGUCCCGUGAGUUUACCAUGAUCGCGCCCUUUUGGGCGGACGUUGACUUGAGCUACGGUGGCGACAUAUUGUACCGAGACACUACAGAACCGACCGUGCUCAAUAAAGCGUCCAACGAUAUUAUGAGAGCGUUUCCCGAAUUUAGUGGCGUCGAAGUUACCUGGGCGUUUGUGACCACCUGGCUCAACGUGAGUUACUACGGAGCCAAUGGAUGCUCGGUACGAUCGCGCAAUACGUUUCAAAGUGUGCUGGCUAGCAAUGGCGCUCAUUCGUUCGCCAUAUUCAACUAUAACGAUAUCACGUGGACCACGGGAUUGGCGUCCGGGGGUCAGUGUCCAGGAAUCGGUGGGACUCCAGCGAAAGCGGGUUUUGAUCCAGCUGAUGGCGCGAGUCUGUUUAGUAUACCAGGAUCGUGUACGAACGAUAUUAUCUCAAUCAAUAAGAGUGGCCACUAUGCGAGUAAUUUUAACAAGCUACUCCUUCCUGAGGAAAUUUGGAAUUCAGCAACUAUAGUUUCGGUGGAGCCAACGGGUAGCAAGGUGACACGUUUUAAACGCGGAUUUUGGAGCGAUUUGGGCAAGGCACUAUUCUCGGCGUUCGUAAAUGUUGUUGAAUUUUUUGACGAUAUUUUUGGUGACACCUGCAUGGAGUGGUACCGUGGCGACCCUGGCGGUCCAACGGACCUAAUACCGUGUCCACCGACAGUCACGCAAUUUCAGGCUGAUCCACGCUACGAAAUUGACCCGGGUUGCACGUCGGCACCGUGCGAAUUUCACCCGGGUGCCGAUUUUUGUAUACGAUCCCGAACGCCUAGCCCUAGUGGCGGAGGACAACAGUGUUGUUACCUUGGUGACAAAAUAUUACUCGGUCCACGUGGCGGCGGCACUGUAGACAAAAGUCAUCACAAAAACGGUUUCUUAAAAAUUGAUCAUUUCAACGCCGACGUAUUGCCCUGGAUCAAAUGUUGCAAGGACAAAAGUGACCAACUCUGCCAUCGGUACUACGAAAAACGACCGUCCGACCCGGGUACAAACUACGAGCCGCCACAACCUUCGGGCGCCAGUGGCGACCCCCAUAUUUCAACGUUCGACGGCGUUGACUAUACGUUCAAUGGCGCGGGUGAAUUUUGGUUGAUCCGCGAUGGGCCCGGUAUGCCAAUGGCAGUUCAGUCGCCUAAGAAAUACGAUGACUAUAAUAUCGAAAGUUUCGCGCCUGACCUCACUGAUCCGAGCAUGUUCAAUGUGACUGAGCAUGCUCAAAUGCUGUGCGGUCAGUCCAUUGAUUGUCUGUACGAUUAUAUUGCAACGGGAAGCGCUAGCGUGGCCAACCACACAAAAUCCGUUAGAAAUGACUAUAACCAAAUCGUUCGAAUUUAUGAGAAUAAAGUGACCACGUGUCCACCAUUGAGUUACCCUGAUAAUGGCUACUUUCACGCUGAAAACUUUCUACCUGGUAGCGUUGCGAGUUAUGGUUGUUUUGAAAAUUUCACAUUGCGAGGAAUUGUGACAAUUAAGUGUCACGAUAAUGGCACGUGGAGUGACUCGGCCCCUAUAUGUGAGUCACAAAAUGAUACUAAUGACCAGGGAAAUAAUACUGAGCAGGGUGGCCUAUUAUAUAUCAUAUUGGCUAAGUUGACUGUAGGCGCCAAUGCCAACCAAAUUGACAAUUCAGUGGUGAAUGGUAUCCAAGUCAUACAUACCGGUGUCAAUUCCACUACUUGCAAGCACUCAGUGGACAACCUGUUGGACUCGGCAGAGGACAUACACCACGUGGUGGCCACGGCUUUGAACGCAAGUCUGGCUGAAAAUAUUGUGUCGUUUAGGCGACAGAUCGUGGAUUUGGCGGUCAAUGGGACGCAACCUAUCACUCAAUUGGUGUCCGCUUUGAAGGCUGUGUUCGGAGGGACUGUCGACACUACUGAGCAGACUGUCCGCAAACAACUUAAUACGACUACAGGUGCUGACCGUAGAGAUGAGUUGCAAACCCUUGACAACCGUUUGGUCCGAGAGGUUGGCGUUUAUGACGAACUGGUCGAUCAGGUGUCAGGUAUUGUGGCCAGAGUUAGGCAGCUCCAGGAUGUUAGCGACAACGCACUGGUAGCUAAACGAGCGAUAGAUGGCGGAAAUGUUGUGAAUGAUUUGAUCACCCUGCCCUAUUUGCCAAUAAUUGCCGCAUUUAACUAUGCCCUAGGUUAA